AGGAGUUAAAAUUGUUAGUAAUUAGGAGAUCCAGUAGGCCUUGGCCGAUUGAGCGCAAAUGUUUGGUGAAAUGGUCGCUGAGUCUACGCCUGGUCUCACCGAUGUACAAGAGGUCACAUGGGGAAUACCGGAUGCAGUAGAGGUGAGAGGAGGUGUAUGGGGACCUCUGCCACAUCUGGAAGGGUUGCUGGGUUCCCUGAAUGGAGAUGAGAGAGGAGGUAUAGGGACAGGUGUUACAUCCCCUGAGGUGAAAGCACCUGGAGAGGGGGUAGUUUGGUGUGAAGGGAUGAGUGAACCAAUAAUUUGUGGAUGGUACAAUCUCUGUGAAAGAUGGAAAGGGCUGUAGAUGGGAAGAUAUGUCAAUGUCUCAUUUUGUUAUCACGUUGGAGGUGAUGGAAAUGUCGGAGGAAGAUGUGUUGGAUGCGGAAAGAGCCUGUUCAUGUUUUCCAGUGAUGCUGUCUGACCCAUUGAGUUAUUCCAGCACUUUGUGUCUUCUUUUGUAAACCAGCAUCUGCAGUUCCUUGUUUCUACAAAGCAAUUGCUGUGCUGUUCUGCUCUGUUUAUGAUUAAUGCAGAUACUGAGAUGAUUAUUAAAAAGUGGAUUAAGAGCAAUAUCAUUCUUUUGCAGCUAAAUGGAAGAACCAGAGGACAACAUGGUCCAAGUUCGCAAAUCCCAUAAAGUGGAACAAAUGGUAUCAAAGUGGCUUCGCCUUACACGAGAUAGUUCACAGAGGAAUCGAGCUGCUGCUGAUGAUGUGUCUGCUAAUACAAACCAACUAGACGUCCCAUUAACAGUGACAGUAAAGAUUAACAAAGAUCCACUGCUGGAUUACGGAUUUCUUCUAUCAAAAGAUACACCAACAUGUGUGAAGUCUAUCAGUGCAGGUGGACCAGGAGAGGGAAAGCUGUUCCCAGGAGAUCAGGUUAUAAAGAUUAACAAUAUACCUCUGGAUUCUAUUUCCCAAGAACAUAUAGACAAUAUUAUCAGGGAAUGUGGUAACUCAAUUGCAGUCACCGUACUUCGAAAUACCUCAGGGCCCAAAUCAUCAUUUAUUACUGAAGAAAAACGAGCCAGGUUGAAAAGCAACCCAGUCAAAGUACGGUUUGCUGAAGAAGUGAUCGUCAAUGGCCUUACACAGGGUAACUCACUUCUGUUCAUGCCUAAUGUCCUUAAGGUGUAUUUGGAAAAUGGACAGACUAAAGCCUUUAGAUAUGAAAAAAAUACAACAGUGAAGGAUAUCAUUCUAACCUUGAAAUCAAAGUUGUCCAUCCGCUGCAUUGAACACUUUGCAUUAGUUUUGAAGGAGCGGUUCAGUGCUAGUAAAGUCUAUCUCUUACACGAAGAUGAGAUAAUAGAACAGGUCGUACAGAAGCGAGAAGCACGUGACUAUAAAUGCAUCUUCAGGGUGUGCUUCUUGCCAAGAGAUCCUCUGGUGGUUUUACAAGCUGAUCCAGUUACCUUUAAUUACCUCUAUGUGCAGAGUUGCAAUGACGUACUGCAGGAGAAAUUUGCAAUGGAGAUGAAAUGCAACACUGCAAUCCGCCUCGCAGCAUUGCAGAUUCAGGAAUGCAUCCUCAGCUCCAAGCAGUCUCAGAAAAUCUCCAUGAAGUAUAUUGAGAAGGAUUGGGGAAUUGAGAACUUUGUCUCGCCAACUCUGCUUCAUAACAUGAAGGAAAAAGAUGUUAGAAAAGCAAUUAAUUAUCACCUGAAGAACAAUCAUAGCUUGAUUCCACCAGGACAAAAGCAACUGAUAUCGACAGCUCAGGCCCAGCUGAACUAUCUAAACAUACUGAGUAACCUUCGAACAUAUGGUGGAAAGACCUUUAAUGCAACCCUGAUGUUGCAGGAUAGAGAAUCAUUUGUUACAUUGUUGGUGGGAGCCAAAUAUGGUAUCAGCCACAUAAUUAACAGCAAGCUUAACAUUAUGAACCAGUUAACAAACUUCAACAACAUCAGAAAGCUGGAGUUGACCUUUGAAUGUGACAAGGUCAGCAUGGUGAACAUCUACCUGCAUAAUAUGAAGUCCCUGACAUUGUUACUGGAAUCUCACCAUGCUAAAGAUCUUGUGUGUUUCAUCGCUGGCUCUCAUAGGCUAUAUGUGAACUCUGGAGACUCCAUAUUCACCUGGCCAGGCAAUUAUCAAAGUCAGCUGCUUACCACUGAGGAAGGUGAUGAGACCCGAGGACUGAGCGAUUCAGAGUCAUCAUCAGACAUUGACACAUCGCUGGACACAUCUGUCCACAGACUAAGAAAUGGGUUCACACAGUCGCUGAAUGAAGAAGAUGAAGAUGCCAAGAACUCAGAAAGUGAGGCUACCGACAGUGAUUACAUGCGGGAGGAUGUCCUGGAAGAGACCAGUUGCAGUAUAGGAUCAGACCUUAAUGAUGAAACAAGUCAGGGAGGUGACACUUGUGAAACAAGCUGUUCUGUUGACUCUCUGGAAGAAUUACAGAUGGAGACUUCAACGAGCAGCAUAUCAGGUCUGCAUUCGUACGAUGACUUGUCCGAAGAGGAUGAUAAAGAUUCUGCUACUGCCGAGAGUGAAAGUGAGCCAGUUAUGAAGAAGCAUUGUACAUUGCAAUCUAAAACCAGCUUUCCUCAGCUUUCAAUUGAAUCUCUGACCUCCACUCCGACCUCUGAGUGUGACAAAACUGAUAUGAAGGAAUUGGUGACUUGUUACUCAACCGACCUCAGUCCAAGUAAGGAUCAUUCCGCUGCAGAAAGCUGGGAUCAGUGUGCCGAAGAUGUGGAUGGGAGCACCAUACAAGGGAACAUAUUUUGGAAUUUGACAUACCACAAUAUGGCCACAGAGUUACCACCCAUUCCUUCCCCAGUUGAUGAUGGGGAUGUAUCCGAUUUAAAGUCUGCGUGUAUGAAGGGGAUUGAAGAGAAAUGGAAUAUGCAGACACCUCCAAGUUAUUAUGAGAGCACAAAUGGCAUUGAGUCUGCGGAAAGUAUUAAGGAUACAAAUGAAGUAGCAGAACAUGUAAUGAAUACAAAAAAGGGACACUUUGAUCCUAAGGACAUUUAUGAUGUACAACCUGAACUAUCCCAGCUUUAUUCAAACAAAGUUGAAGAUCUCAUGUGUUGUCAUGACAGAGAUGAUCUUGUAUCAAGAAAGCAGCAAUUGCCAUUUCCCUCUUCGGUGGCAGGUAUGGAGACCAAAGCUGCCUUAUUGAAACAUAAGCCAUUGAAGCCGUGCUCUGUCAGCAUCAAUAAAAAGGCAGCACCUAACUUAAUGGAAAUGGAGCCUGAUAGCAUGGAAAUUAAAUCAGUUACAGAAGCAAUAACAGUCAUCACUACAGUUUCAGCUACACGCUACCCAUGUGAUACAGGCUCUAAAAUUGGCUACACUUCAAAAACAGAUGGUUCUGAAAUGGUUGAAAGUAUAAGUGAACCUUUCACUGAUGUGAAACCACCCACAACAGCUUGUUCCAAUAUUGAGCAAUCUCAAAGUUCUUCAGAAGUAAUUGUUGAGCUUGGAGACUUAUCCGUUCACAACUCGAUAAAAGAUAAGGCACACUUUGUUGGCACUGCAGCCUGUACUGAUGAACAACGAACCCUGAACACAGUUAACAUGAUAAGCAAAGACCAAGGUGUUGUUAUUGUCCAAAGCAGUGUAGUCCUGGAACAGGUAGAUUAUACGUAUGGCCCACAGUCAGACUUAGAUCAAAAUGGAACUGCACUUAGACUUGCAACAUAUGAAACAGACCUCAAACAGAAUACAGGCACUUACAAGGAAGAAUCUGACAAAUGUGACAAAGGAGAAUCAUGUUAUCAAAAAAGCAAUCGCAGUAUAACUUCACAAAAACAUUUGGUGAUGUUCAACAGAUAUCAAGAAGAUUUCCCAGAAAUGUCAGUAUUGGGAGAGGAAGUAUCUGACAAGAGAGACUCCUCCAUGGGAGACAUAAAUGUGCAUUCUCUUGACGUGAACAGAUUGGUUUUGAAUUUAAAUUGCAUGUCCUUAAAGACAUUUGGCACAGUCAAACAUUUGGCAUCACCAACCUUGGAACCAAAUAUGGAAAUUUUCUCAGUGAGGCCCUCAAACAGUUCUAGCUUUCACGGGGAACAUGAGGAAAAGAACAAAUCAAAAUCUGAAUGGAAUUGCUGGAAACAGCUUGAGUCACUUGUACAUCCCACACAAACAAACAUAGAUAACCCCAAUGCAACACUGGUUUCCCCAGGGGAUGAAAAUGCUUCCUAUAAAGGAAUCUCACAAAUACAUAAAUCAAAGCUACUUUAUGAAGUAGACUACUCAGCAACUCAGAAAUCUCCAGCACUAGUAAGUGAAUGUCCCCCUGGUAAAGCCAACAGCCACAAAGAACCAGAAGAGGAGCUAGGUCUGAGCUGUGGAGAAUUGGUCAUGGCUCCGAAGGAUACAAUGAGUAAAGAGCUCUCAACAAGUGGAACGGAAGCAUGUAGCUGCCAGGUGGUAUAUGGGAAUUGUUUCAGAGCAUUAGGCAUUGAUGCUAAUAAUGAAAGCAAAGAAGUAGAAAGUCUCAAACAGCGACCUUCUCCAAGGACCACCCCACCUGAUUCAGGAAACCCAUUGCCUCAAAUCUUCACUACAUCUAUUAAACAAGGUGAAGAAAGCAUGGCAGCCGACUAUUACUUUGGUGUUCCUGAAGGUGACACUGCUGUGAAGAAUGCAAGUCUGGCCUUGUUACUACUAAAAGAUAAAAUAUACAACAUGCCCAAUGGAUUCAGGCUGGUGCAUAAUGAUAUUGUGGAGUUGCUCAAUAUUUUGAAGGAAUGUCCCAGAGAAAGACAUGCAGAGGAAGUUUGUACAGCACUUCCCUCAUUUACCAAACAGAAACUCUAUAGUGAGUGCAGAAAGUUAAUGUCUGCCUGUCAAAAGUGUGUGAAAGUAAAUCAGACUCCUGAUGAGAUGAUCCUUGGGGUUUCAGAAAGUUUCCGGGCCCUCUCACAGCUAACCGGGACAUGCUUCCAGCUUACAAGCUGCCUACAUUGUGCAAAUGCCCAUGCAGAAGUGAACAGUAACUUGAGAAAAGUUGUCAUGAUUUAUAAAAUCUUUGCGCAAGCCUCUGAGGAUGCAUGUGGCAAAAUGUCAGAUGAUUUAAGCAUGAAAUGUCUGGCUGAGCAAUGUGCUGCUAUAUCUGCAAGGGUUUUCAGUCUGAACCAGUUGUUCACAACUAAUUCAUUGUUAAAAUAGAAGGUAUUGUCGACAUGGGAGAAUACAAUUGCAAUUCCUAAAAGAUAACAGAGUGGUACACUACCCAUCCUUGCAGGCAACGUGUGUGUCAUACAAUGUGACACUGUGCUAAAAGUCAUAUGGUCUGUGCCAAUAAGGACUUAUUGUUAAAGAUGGAAGACAAUGUCAUAUUUUGAUAUUAACAUAGUUUUAUCAGUAGCUGCUUGCUCAUGCAGAAUUUCGAUGUACAUCAUAGGAAAUGUGAUUAAUUACUAAGAUGCUGACCUUUCAUCCAUAUAAACUGAGUUCUGAGUUCAAUCCAUUGAAUUAGGGUGAACAUUUCUUCCCAGCUCUGAUUGUAAGGGUUUUAGAGUUAUUAUGUUUUAUGGGAUAUAAUUCUUGUUCCUAAAGGAAAAUAGGUCAUGCCGUAAAAUUCCUUAACAUUUGGAAUGAAUCAGCAUGCAAUAUUUGUCUGCCGCUUGCGUGUGUCUGUGCACAAGCAUCCACCUGUGUGCAUGAGUCUGAGCAUGUGUGUGCGUAUGUGUGCGAGUGCAUAUGUGUGUGGUUACGACUACAAUGAUGUCUAUAUGGAUGUGGGUGUGUGAGUUGCAUUGUCUGACAGUAAUGGUGGUGAGUUAUUGUGAAAAUAGGCAAAAUAGAGGGAAUACGGCUUUAUUGGUCAGCAACUAACUUAGAUGCUCUCUUUCUUGAUGUGUUUGGUAAUAGAAAUAUGUGUAAUAACCUAGAGAAAGAAUGUUUCACAUGUUGAUGCUGACACCUUUCGUUUUACUGGAGAUAAAUAUGACAAUUACAAAGUACUGCUCCUAUUUCUAUUUAAUUUCAUUGAAUGGUAGAGAAUGGAUUUCCACCUGAGGAAUGGAACAAGCUGUGCUUCCCAUCACUUGGUAAGACUCACCUGAAAGCUUUAUCCAAAGAGUUGAUAUAAGUCAUGUGAUUGUGUGUACAGCUUCAUGAAAAUGGGCAAAGAUCUUGUUCAUUUUAGGUCAAUAUGGAAAGUGAAGUGGAUUUUCAUCUUUAUGGAUGGAAAUUGUUGUUCCAUGAAUAAUUUGGUCUGAAAACCACUUCCUAAUCUCAAGCCGAUGGUUAGAUCUUGAUAGAAGCUUCUACUUAUCAGGAAACAUUGUGAAAAUGUUAGAGAUUCUUCUGUUGUUUCCCUUAAAAUUUGUGAGCCUGGGGGUGACUUUGUGAUGUAUGUGAACCAGACAUGAUUUAAGCAUAUAAUUUAUGGCCAUGUUGUUGAAUACAGUAUGAAGGUCAGGAUGUUCUAACUGUGAAUGGAGUAACAAGAACAUCAUAUAACCAUAUAACCAUAUAACAAUUACAGCACGGAAACAGGCCAUCUCGACCCUUCUAGUCCGUGCCUAACACGUAUUCUCCCCUAGUCCCAUAUACCUGCGCUCAGACCAUAACCCUCCAUUCCUUUCUCAUCCAUAUAACUAUCCAAUUUAUUUUUAAAUAAUAAAAACGAACCUGCCUCCACCACCUUCACUGGAAACUCAUUCCACACAGCCACCACUCUCUGAGUAAAGAAGUUCCCCCUCAUGUUACCCCUAAUGUACCCCCUCAUGUUACAUCAACUGCAAUCUCCCAACCUCUUCUGCCUUCAAAUACCAGCCACUAUAUGGGAUGGCGAGUGGUGAAUUAUUUGUGGUGCUCUAUGGAAUAUUCUACUAAAGAAUGUCAGAAAUUCUACUAAAGGCAUAAAAGCAUAAAGUAUAUUCCUUGUUUUUCAUUCAUUUACUCAAAUGUCCUACAAUCUCCUCAAAACAUUAUAAAAUAAAAUGAAAAUAAUUCCAUCAUUGUAUACAGUAAAUAUUGUUGUUGUUCUAAACUCAGUGGUGCAGUAGUACAUUAAAUAGAGAAUUAUUUUCUCUUUCAACAUUAAUUCAAACAAAUAGACUUUUGUCCCUAUAAUUUAAAUGCUGAUUCUUUAUGUGCUGUUGCAUUUAUUUUCAGUAAAUUUCCAGAGUGUAGUUUCCCACUAUCUCCCAAUUCCCUGGAAGUCACUGUGACUUAUAUAUGGUUAUUUUAUAUGGUUAUAUAACCAUAUAAUAUAACCAUAUAACAAUUACAGCACGGAAACAGGCCAUCUCGACCCUUCUAGUCCGUGCCGAACACAUAAUCUCCCCUAGUCCCAUAUACCUGCGCUCAGACCAUAACCCUCCAUUCCCUUCCCAUCCAUAUAACUAUCCAAUUUAUUUUUAAAUGAUAAAAACGAACCUGCCUCCACCACCUUCACUGGAAGCUCAUUCCACACAGCUACCACUCUCUGAGUAAAGAAGUUCCCCCUCAUGUUACCCCUAAACUUCAGUCCCUUAAUUCUCAAGUUAUGUCCCCUUGUUUGAAUCUUCCCUACUCUCAGUGGGAAAAACUUUUCCACGUCAACUCUGUCUAUCCCUCUCAUCAUUUUAAAAACCUCUAUCAAGUCCCCCCUUAACCUUCUGCGCUCCAAAGAAUAAAGCCCUAACUUGUUCAACCUUCCUCUGUAACUUAGUUGCUGAAACCCAGGCAACAUGCUUGCACAGCUUGUUCCAGGAUUUUCCUAUUCUUUCACUACAUUUACAAAGACAAGGGUUUUGAUCUCUUGCAGAAAGUUGCUCCAUUGAGUCGAGGUUGGACAAACUUAGAUUUUCUCAGGUACGCAGGAGGUUGAAGGGAGACCUGAUAUAAGUAAACAAAAUUGUCAUAGGGUAGACGAUCAGAGCCUUUUUCCCAGGGUAUAAAUGCCAAAGAUAGAGGGCAUAGCUUUAAGUUCAGAGGGGUAAAGUAUCAAGGAGAUGUAUUGGGCAAGUUUUUUACACAGUGGGUGGUGGUGCCUGAAACGUGCUGCCAGGGGUGGUGGUGGAGGCAGAUGCAAUAGUGGUGUUAGAUAGGCUUUUAGAUAGUCACAUGGAUAUGCCAGGAAUGGAGAGAUAUGGAUCAUGUGCAGGCAGAUGAGAUUAGUUUAUCUUGGCAUGUUCGGCACAGACAUAUGGGCCAAUGGGCCUGUUCCUGUGCUGUACUUUUCUGCGUUCAAUGUUAAUUCAAAUUAUGAACCCCAAGCCUUCUCCAUUGUGCAGAUCACGGGUUUGAGGCUAUAUAUAAUAAACCAUCCUCACCUAAGUUGCUCAGUAUUUUACAGUGGGGAUUAUGGACGAAGAAGCAUCAUUAAAUGCAGUCAACAUUCAUCACGUCUCUAUUGUCUCUUCAUGCUGUCCUAUGGAUGGCCAUUACAUUUUCACACUGCCUUUGUAUUGUAGCACAUUAUUAACAAGGUAAAGGGAAAGGUCAAAUUGAAACAUCAUUUGUGUUUCUUUCCCCAUUGAUUAUGGGUGCUUGCAAUAUUUUCUGUUUUUGCAAAGCAUAUGGCUAUUUAUUAUUCAGCACAAAGUGACACUAAAAGUAAAUAUCACAUUAUUCAUUAAUAUUGUUUUAGUUCUCAUCUCCAUGUUUGAACAUCCGCACUGCCCUAGUCCCCCCUACCUUAGUAACCUCCUCCACCUUUACUCUGUGAACUCUGCAUCCAUCUUUUAUUGUGACACAUAGACUCAACACGGGGCCUGUUGAGUCUGCUGCGUGGAUCUUAGGGCAAGCCUAUGAGUCCAAUCCCCAACAUAUUUCCUUGUAACUUUUAAUCCCACACAGGCCAAUUAAGUUUGUUCAAGUUCAAGUGAGUUUAUUGUCAUGUGUCCCUGAUAGGACAAUGAAAUUCUUGCUUUGCUUCAGCACACAGAACAUAGUAGACAUUUACUACAAAACAGAUCAGUGUGUCCAUAUACCAUAAUAUAAAUAUAUAUUAACAGCCCACUAUGAUGAAUCUGCAGCAGCCAAUUUACCUACCAGACACCAUUUCUUUGGGAUGCACAACGAAACCAGAGCACUCAAGAGAACAUGUAAAUUCAACAAAAACAGCACCAGAAGACAGAGUCCAAUCUAUUAGAGCUGCGAAAUAGUUGCACUACCUGCAGAGGCACUGUGACAUCCUAAUUUAUAAACAGUCUACCGUGAUUUGAUUCGAUUGGGUUGCUGUGACUGCAAUGCAGAGCAAAAACCACUGUAUGAUCAUAGCCACACACUCCACUUUGUCUACUUGUGUUUUGCCCACUUGUAUUAUUCCACCAUUCAGGCAGUAUUUCAGCCACCUCGGUCAUAACAUCUAUUAUUCCUUCCAGAUCUCUCUAGCUGUCAACAUUCCUCUAUUUCUCAAGCUUUAACUUCUCUCUUUCUUGCAGUUUUAAUUCAGCUAUCCCCUUGCUUUCUCCAUUAGUUCAGCUUAAUUAUUCACUGUGCUAAUGCUCCUUUGAGGUGUCUAUAGAUAUUUUACUCUGCUAAAGGCACAGAUGCAAAUAAAUGGAAUUGCUAGGACUGUGCUGCAGGUCAGGAAAGAAAGAGAGAGAGAGAGGGGAGAAAGAGAAAAAUAGAGCUGGAGAUACCAUUUCAUAUCAAUGAUCUUUUGUUACACAACUAAAUAAAAGCAAGUUGAAUUCAUUGUUUUGGUUUCUAUGGGAAUGGUAAAAGCCCAUUCUUGCAAUACAGGAUGAUGUUCUGUGGCUGGGUUUAAAGUGAGCAUUGGACCAUAGCCUGUGCUGAGACCAUUGCUUCUGUUGUUGGCAGUGUCAGGUCUUAAUCCCCAACUGCAGAAAAGAGGCAAGAGAGGGGUAGUUAAAAACAAGAAUGUUACUUAAUGCUUGUUAUCGAAUGUUACUCGAUCCCUUCCAACCAUUUCCAGUGCUUGGGAUGAUAUGUGUCGUGUCAACCCAGCCUCUGUUAUAGCUGCAAUCCCCUGUUAUAGUGAUAUUCCCAUCCACUUCUGCUACCUCUCUUCCUCCAUGUCUCUGUCAUUCCCAUUCUUGGGCCUUUCUGUGUGUAGAGUUCUAGUCCUGCACAGUUCUAGUCCAUAGAGACAUGAAUUGCUGCAAAGGACCACCCCCCUGAGUUGGGAUAUUGCAGAAGGCUAUGAUGAUGAAAUUGGGUUUGACCGAUGAUUUAGUCUUCUUCAGCAAGUUGUUUGCCAACUCACAGCAUUUUCUUACUUUCUUUUACCUUGUGCAAGAUGAACUGGUGUUUUCCAAUAAUCUUAUAACAACCACACAAGUCUUCCGCUGCAAACGGUGGCCCAUAUUUGUAAUCAACUCCUUAAGAAUGCCAUUUGUUGGAAACUAGCCUUGAGCUUGCGAAUGACCAUCGGUGAAAGAUUGUUUCCUCAGAGUACAACCUCCAAAAAAAAGAUGAGUCAUCAAUGUCACCAGGUCACAUCACAGAUCACAUCAUACCUUUACUACUCUGAAAGAUUCUCCUUUUGGAGAUCAAAUUACUUUGAAUACCCUGCUCAUUUCCCGUAUGAACAUGUGGUCUGAGAGCAGGUUAAACCUCAUGCUGUACCUCAUUCUACUUGCUUCAGAUACUGAUUUCUGUCACCUUGUUUGAAGAACGGUCUCGACCCGAAACGUCACCUUCAGGUCACCUUCGACCCCAAAUGUCUUCUUUCCAGAGAUGCUACCUGUCCCGCUGAGUUACUCCAGCAUUAUGCGUCCACCUUACCUUACUAUUGUCCUGAAUCUACUGAAUCAAUGGCUGAGAGAAUGGAAGUUGUCCUUAAUUCUGGUGAAAUUUCUCCUGUCCAAAAAUCACAGCAGAAUUGCUUCUCAAUUUGCCUGUGCCCCACAUUGGUCUGUGGCACAGCCAUUAGGAGCACCAGAAACUCCAGAAAUCCUCUCCUGCCUAAAACUUGGCUACAAAAUAGGUUUCUCAUUCAUUCAACAUUUCCAUUCAAGCAAAAUCUGCUCAGGCUUAAAGUUCUUCACUGCAUACUUAACUUACAACUGACUUGAAAUUGAUCAUGUUUUUCACCAAAUAAACUUAAUCCCUUGAGGGUAAUAACCACUAGCAGCAAAUCCAAAUGGAUUUUCCAAACAAGUAGUAAAGAACUAAAAUCCAAAUUGAUUGCACUUGGAAAGCAUUUAGCAUCUAUAAGAGAAAAUCUAUGCAAAAGUAUGAAAUGUAAAAUUAGAUCCUAUUUAUGUGCGUGUGAUUUUACUGUUCACUAACUGAAGCUUGAUUCUUCUUCCUAGACUUUGCUUCUGCAGUCUAUUAUAUGAUAACCUGACAUAUUGCCAUGGAAUUUGCACCACUGAAGUCUUUCAUUACAACAGUUAAAUGAGAAUGAAAGAAUGCAUUGGAGUGUCAAAAUCAUGGUAAAAUAUUUUUAGACUUUAAUUUGCCUGUGAAUAUACAAUGCACUUUGCACCUUUUCCUAUUGAACUGAUCCAAGAGACAGCAUUGUCACACCUGUAUGGCACACUACCAAGCUUGAGAAUUCGUCUUGAUAAUAAAAUAGGUAUUUAGUGCGACUUUGUAUUGGUAAUGUGAUUAUAAAAUUGUUCAUUGAUUGUUUAUAGGCUGUGGAGCAAAAAUGAACACUAAAAUAUCUUAGAUUCUUAGAGCAUAUUUUAAUUAUGCUCAUUUGAAUGUCCUCCUUAUAGUAUUAUAUAUUUUGCUACAAAACAUGUUUGCUAAGCAAUUGUUUGAAACACAUUACUCUAUGUAUAAGCUACUGCUGUUAGUUGUCCUGAGCUUUCUCCUUUAAUAAGACUUAGGUUUAUUGAAAUUAUCAAGGAACCUUCCAUUGAAAAUAAAAUUUAAAUGGG